AUGCACUACCGAAGGCUUAGAGGAGACCUAAUCCUAACCUACCGUAUCUUGACUGGGAAGGUUGGUCCAGAUUUAUCUUGGCUAUUCAGUCCCGCUAGAUUGUCUGUUCUACGCGGUCAUUCGUUGAAGCUGGACAAACCGCGGUCCGAUCGGAUUAGGGCGGAAAUCCGGCUGUCACGCAGAGUCAUCGACCGCUGGAACAUGCUUCCGGAAAGUGUUAUCAGGGAAUCUACGGUUAAGGGGUUUGAGCGGCAACUUGACGCUCUUGGGUGGCAACACGAAACCUUUCCAUUUUCCUGAGUAACUCGCAUCUUCGUACUUCGAUUUUCUUUUCUCUACUUUUCUUCACGUAUUGGUAUUAUUUUCUUAUUUAAGUGCACUUCCCUAUUCUGUACCUUCGAUUUCUCUUCCUAUCCUUUGCUUACUUCACGUGACUGCCAAAGCAGGGACUGCUAGGGCAGGAAACGUGGGCAUUAACUGGUUGGCCAG